UACAUACUCGGCCGACGACGGUCAUAAUAUGCGAUAAUGUCAUUAUCGCCUCGUCGGUCGUCUGUACAUCGCCAGCCUAAUCGCAAAAUUUCGUUCGUCAUCCGAAUUUCGUGCGCGCUUACGUGUGCUUGACGUGCGCGGUGUGUGCCGCCGAUUCCUGUGCCGGGGCACGCGCGAGGUCCGGCGUGUUUGCCGCCGGCAGUGUCCAUUUACCGGUCGCCGCCGUCGCGCAUGGAGCCCAACCCGUUCACGGCACGGCUGGCCGCCCGAAUCGCCAUGUCGUACGGGCCCAGCGUCAGCUACAUAAUGCUCCUCCGUGUGGCCAUACUCUUCUUCCGGCCGGAAAUCGAGGACAUCCAUCACCGGCUGACGGACCGCCGGAUCGCCGAGAUCAGGGACAAGUACGAUUUCGUGGUGAUUGGCGGCGGUUCCGCGGGUUCUGUCAUGGCCAACCGUCUGUCCGAGAACUCCAACUGGACGGUUCUAUUAAUAGAGGCCGGAAUUGACGAACCGGCAUUGUCAGACAUACCGUUGCUGUAUCCUUCCCUCCAGCGUACGUCUGUUGACUGGCAGUAUAAAACAGAACCCAGUAAUUCGUCAUGCUUGGGCUUCAACGGGAAUCAAUCUAGCUGGCCUCGGGGCAAAGUCAUCGGGGGCAGCAGUGUUCUUAACGCUAUGUUCUAUGUCAGGGGCAACCGGAAGGACUACGACGCAUGGCAAGACGCUGGAAAUGAGGGCUGGGGUUACGAGGAUGUAUUGCCAUACUUCAUGAAGUCCCAGGACAUGAGAAUACCUGAGCUCAUGGAUUCGGAGUAUCACGGAACAGGAGGAUACCUGAGCGUAGAGCACUUCCGUUCGCACUCGCCGAUCGUGGACAGUUUUUUGGAGGCCGUCAAGGAAGUCGGUUACGACGAAGUCGAUAUUAAUGGUCAAAGUCAGACAGGAUUUACGCGAUCUCAAGGAACUCUAAGAGACGGGUUGAGAUGUAGUACGGCGAAAGCGUUUUUAAGACCAAUCAAAGAUCGUCCAAAUCUUCAUAUCAGCUUACACACUCAUGUUUUAAAAAUUGAGAUCGAAAACGGCCGUGCAACGGGUGUACUGAUAUCGAAACUGGGAGCAAUACCGACGUUGGUGAGAGCCGAGAAAGAAGUGGUGCUUUCGGCGGGCGCAAUAAAUUCGCCCCACCUGUUGAUGUUGUCCGGGAUAGGACCUGCUGAUAAAAUACGUAAAGCCGGCGUCAAAAUCACCAAACACAUACCGGGCGUGGGGCAGAACCUGCAAGACCACAUUGCGAUGGGUGGAGUAACAUAUUUGUUCGAUUCACCUGACGAAUCCAACCCUCUUGGUCUGGGCAUAGUGUUACCGAGGGUGUUGACACUUAACUCGUUCAUUCAAUUCUUUCGUGACAAAAUGGGACCACUCUAUAGGAUACCGCUCGGCGAGGUCAUGGGUUUUGUAAAUACGCGUUACAACGAUGAUUUCGAUUGGCCGGACGUUCAACUGUUUAUGGCAACUGCUGGGGACAACGACGACGGGGGUCUAUUGAACAAACGGGAUGUGGGUAUUUCUGACGAGUACUACGAGCAAGUUUUCGAACCCAUACUAUACCAAGACGCUUUUACGAUAGCACCGUUGUUACUGAGGCCGUACAGUCGAGGUCACAUAGAGAUUACAAGUUCCAACCCUUAUACUGCACCAAAAAUCGUACCAAAUUACUUCAGUGACCCACGGGACAUCAAAACCAUGGUGGAGGGUGCUAAAAUUGGAUAUGCUAUCAGCCAGACAGUGGCCAUGAGCAAGAUCAACACUACUAUACACAACAUCCCUACGCCAGGGUGUGAGGAUUACGCUUUUUUGUCCGACGAAUACUGGGAAUGCCAGGCUCGUCAUUACACUAUGACUAUUUACCACCCGGUUGGCACGUGCAAGAUGGGUCCAGUGGAAGACGAGUAUGCUGUAGUGGACGAACGGUUGAGGGUGAGGGGCAUCAAGGGUUUGAGGGUGGUAGACGCUUCCAUAAUGCCUACGAUUGUUAAUGGCAACACCAACGCGCCAACGAUUAUGAUCGCGGAAAAGGCAUCUGACAUGAUCAAGCAAGAUUGGGCUGGACACACUCAAAUACUUAAGUCGCGACAUGUCAAGAAGACAUUUAGGAGGUGGUGGUAAGUCGUUGUUUAAACACUCCUAAAUAUCGAAAUAAUUUGAUUGAUGUAUAUAUAUAUAUAUAUAUAUAAAUGAAAUUAAUUAAAGGACAAAAUUAUUAUUGAUAUUUAUAUUGUUCGUAAACCUAAUCACUAACCAGUAACCGUAGUGUACUUUGUCAUAUGGAUGAAAUUUGUUUUAUUCAGUCAUAAUAUUAAUUGUUGCGAAAAUACAUUUUUACUAAUUUUUCAAGUUUGAUUAAUUAUUAUCUUUAAGACGUAUAUCAUACAUUAUAAUUAUAAGACGUAGGAAAACUGUAAAUCAAAUGUAAUUUUUAAUUGUUUACACUUUUAAUAAAAUAUAUCGUUAUUUAUUUUGGAACUGACAAUUAAGUAUGGAUU